AUGCAGGGGACCUCCCAGGCAGUGACAUUUGAGGAAUUCCAUCCAGAAGCCACCUGGGGUGACUGCAGAAGAGGAAGAAGAUACGAGGACAUCCUGAUUCCCUCUCCCCACACAGAGCUGUUGCUCCUGAAACCCCAGCCUCCUCCUCCUCCCUCAGUAAUCUCCCUCUCUGCCCGUGUGCCCUCCCCCAUCCUUUAG